CUCUCACUGUCAGCAUUACCAUUACAAUCAUGGCGGCCGAGGGUGAAAAGAAGUUAUCGUUGAAAAAAGACGAAAUUAAACGUCAAGCCCAAGAACAGGGCGUUGUAGACGGCUUUAACCAACUGAGGCAAGAGCAACGUGCCCUGACAGGAAAACUUAUCGAACUGGAAAUGGAACUUAACGAGCACAAGGCGGGGGCACGGAAAGGAAAAAACGCAAAGGAAAGCAUGUUGGCCACCACAAUCGAAUGCCUACUUUGGGCACCUAAUGUGACCACUGAAGGAAUAUCGAGGAAAAACUUGGUUGCUGAAGCACUUCAGAAAGUUGAUGGCGACCGACGCUGUUACCGAAUGGUUGGAGGUGUGCUUGUUGAAAGGACGGUCAAGGAUAUUCUUCCUGCUGUGGAGCGAAACAAGGAAAAUAUUUCGAAAUCAGUGGAGCUGUUAAAUGAGAAGAUUGUACAGAAAGGCCAAGAGGUGAAUGAGUACCGUGAAAAGCACAACAUCCAAAUUAGGGUCUCUUCCAAUGCAGCCUCCAAGUCCCAGCCUCCUGCAGGGAGCAGUGGUGGGGGUGAGAAGCCAGCAUCACAACCUGCAACAGGAGUGUUAGUCUGACAGAGUCAGCUGUUUGUUUGUUUUUCUUUUACCUUUUUUAGUUGUCAUUUUACUGCAGCUUGAUGGUUCAACUUUUACCACCACAGCUGCUUCACAUGAGUGGAAUGUGGGGUGUAAUUUUAUGGAUGAGCCUUAAGCCUCAAUAAGAUGUUGCACACCAAGAUAUUUGAGCUUUCUUUUUUUUUCUUGAUGUUCCUUUUUCUGGUAAAUAAAAUAUUUAUAUGAA